AUGACAAGCAAGACGUGUCGUAAGUUUUGUCGAGAAGCCUUGAUCGAUUCUUUUCAGGUUCUCAGCAUCUCUUUUUGGAACGGGAACCUCACUCGUCCCCAUCGACCCAAAGAAUGGCAGCAUGUCGGCGCCCGAAAUCAUUAUUCACCUUCGUUCAAAUUCAUCUUUAGUAUCAAUAGUGACUGUUGCGAAUCUUGCAGCAGAGCAAACACCCAAACUCGAAGAUCUCGAAUGCCUAUGCAUACUUGUCCUUCUCUCGACUUUAUUGCCCAAGUUCUCUCAUGCCACUGGGUCAUGGUUCAGAUAUCGUUGGAGAUCCCGUCUCCGUUCGUUGCCCACAUUCAAGCGGGACCAUCGGCAGCCACACCUCGUGGCGUGCACCAUCGUCUCCUAGGCGAGGCCAAGGAGACCGGGACCUGCUUCCCGCAGGAGUUUGCCACAAGGCCUUGUUAG